AUGGCGAAUAACGGUGGAAAGUCAAGCAAGGAGGGUGUUGAAGAGACCCAUCAUGACAAAGUGUUUGGUGAAUGUGAAGGCCAAGAUUGGGAUAAAGAGAAGGGAAAGGCUGUGGAUUUGAGCUCAGGGAGGAGACAGUGGAAGCCAGUUUUUGAUGAUGCUUUCUCACAAAGGCCUCUCAAGAAAUUCCGCAGCCCUGAACGCGAAAACCCCAAUCAACAACCUUCAUCAUCAUCAUCAUCAUCAUCGUCCUCUAUGCCAUCUCGCCAACCUCCUUCGUCAAGAAUAGUGUUUCCUUUCGCUUUUGAAGGCUCUCAACACCCAAUGCCAUCAAUCCCACACUCCUUUGGAGCCACAAACUUGCCACUUUUUCGUCCACCUCUUCAGCAACCGCAACAAAUGAUAUCUUUUGGACCCCAACAGAAUAUGGGGUUUCCACCAUUCCUAAGCCCAGAUUCCACCACACCAAACCAACAACAAUAUCAUCAUCAGUAUCAACAGCAGCAGCAGCUUCUGCAGUAUUGGAAUGAUGCACUGAAUUUGAGUCCAAGAGGGAGGAUGAUGAUGAUGAUGAUGAACCGGUCGGGGCAUGAAGGGAGACCAACAUUAAGGCCUCAAGCACAGCCUUUGAAUGCCACCAAGCUCUACAGGGGAGUGAGGCAACGUCAUUGGGGGAAAUGGGUCGCGGAAAUUCGUCUCCCUCGCAAUAGAACUCGCCUAUGGCUUGGCACCUUCGACACUGCUGAAGAUGCUGCUAUGGCUUAUGAUCGUGAAGCCUUUAAGCUUAGAGGAGAAAAUGCUAAGCUCAAUUUUCCCGAACUCUUCCUUAACAAAGAUAAAGUAGAACCAUCCAUAUCUGCUCCUGCUUCUUCUUCCAACGACGGUUCAACAUCAACAUCUAGCCAGAACACAAAACUACCUGAGCCAGUUCCAGAAGAGACCAAGACUGAGAGUGAGGACAUGCCACCGACUGAGACAUUAGCAGAAGAGAAUGCUGAAACCGAGGAAGGAGUUUCACAGCCUCAGGAAUUGGUUUGGGGAGAGUGGUUCAAUGCAAUUCCUGCAGGUUGGGGUCCUGGGAGUCCUGUGUGGGAUGAUUUGUACCCCAACAAUAAUCUUCUUUUGCAUUCACAACUUCCCUUUGUGAAUCCAAAUCAUCAAGAGUUUCAUCAUGAUGCUGGUGCUUCUUCUCAGACACAACAAGAUAACAACAACACAGGACCAGGUUCUUCCUCUCCCUCUUGUCCCAUGAGGCCCUUCUUCUGA